GAGAAACCCUAAAAUCAACAACUCGUAUUGGCAGAAAUGGAUUUCAAUUGCUCCGAUGUGAGUCUAUGGAAAGAGUCUCUCGCUUCCUACAGUUGUCGAAUUGAAGCGCUUAACAAGCCCAAUCUCGUCGCCCUCGAUGACUUCUAUCGCAAUGAACUUCCUUCUCUCAUCCUUGAACGAAACCCUAGUCCGUACAUCACCACUACUGACAUCUCCAAGCUCAUGCAAUGGAAGCUCACCCGAGGCAAAUGGAGGCCUCGAUUAUUGGAUUUUGUGUCGGCACUGGACGAAGACGUAGUGAAAUCGGCAUCGGAGAAGGCUUUUACAUCUCUUCCUGAUGUAUCAAAAGCUGUUUCGGAGCUUACGGUACUGAAAGGAGUUGGUCCGGCCACUGCAUCUGCCAUUCUGGCUGCUUAUGCGCCUGACAUUGCGCCGUUCAUGUCGGACGAGGCGAUGGUGGCGGCUCUUGGUAAUUCGAAAGAUUACACAUUGAAGCAGUAUGUUGUGUUUGUGGAUAAGUUGCAGGCAAAAGCAAAGGAAUUAAGCACAAAGGGGGAUUUGUUCACACCAUCAGAUGUGGAAAGAGCUCUGUGGAGUUCUGCUGCAGCGGCCAAGUUACAAGAUUCUUCUACUGAUGCUCAUCUCAAGGUUAAGCCAAACAAAAAUUCCAAGAGAAAGAGAAAAUGACGACUGCAGUGAUGCCAGUUAAUAACAGGAAGCCAAUGCGUGUAAAUAUACUAACUAGUAAGUUUUUUGGUUCUAUCCUUCAGUCUAUCACAAUUAUCUUUUACAGUGAACUUCCAAAUAUGGCAUGUGCUGUAAGAACGUCUAACUUACUUAAGCAGAUAUCAUUUGUUAUGUACUAUUAAUAUCUAAAUUGUGGUCUUCCUUGUAUAUUGUUUUAUCUAAACAUGAACCCUACAUCAGUCUUACUGUCUGGGAUGUAAUUGUUAAGACACACAUGUAGCAGACAACUACUAGGUUUAUUUGUAUGUGCACUCUUCACAAACCCGUUUUUCAAGCUAUUUAUGUGGACCUCUU